AUGGAGGCCCUAGUAUUCCACGAUUCGCCCCUCGCUGAGUAUCUCGAGGGUCAUGGCGACGGUGGAGAGGCUUCCGAACGCACACCCAGUGUGGAACUAGAUGUCCCUUGGGACGGUUCGAGUCCGUCCUUUGCUCCACGGGGUAGGCCAACCGUCCGACCAAAGUUCCGACCAGAGUUCCAGCCCCCUCUGCGACUCUCAGCACCCCAGCACACCGCCGUCGCUGUCGCGGCCAUACAUAAUACCUGCUCUAAGGCAGUUAACUCUAGACUUGGGCGAGCCGACAAUGCGAGAUUCCUCGAACGCUUUCGGUAUAUCAUAGUCGCAUCCCGGCUUCUCAAUGCACACUCAUACAUCGGACAGGCGCUACAUGGGCAGUCUCAGGAACUUACAGUGCAAGCUCCUGAAGCUCUGCAGCUGAGCGCGAUCACUCUAGUGGGCGCCGCCGUUACUUCUUCGAUGGCCUUUGCUUUGGCAUGGCUAACACACUGGACAAGGAGUCAUGGGAGCCCCUCGGCUAGAAGAGGACGUAUGGCUAUUCUCCUCUUUGUGAUAAUCUUGGUGGUCGCCGUGUCGUACGCACACAUGCGUAGGCAGUGGCUUCAAUAUUUGCGACAGCAAUCACUGGCAGAAAUAUCGGGCUUUGCUGCGAAAGCGCAAAGACUCGAUUCUGCGAUAGGAGCAGCUUUGACACUUGUCCAAGAAGUCGAAUUGGUAUCGCGAGGGUACCGAUUAAGUACGCCCCUUCCUCCUGUAAGUCGAAUAGAAGAACGAUGCCAAACCAGAAGAUGUGCUCGGCUUAGAAAACAACUGCUUCGCUGCUUCUCGGCAGUGAUCCCACGAUAUAACCAAGCUUGUGUUGCUCUUAAGCUAUUGGCUGAGGAGUUGGACCUCGAGAAAUACUUCGAUAUCUACGACAUAAAUGACAGUGAUUUCUCAGACGCAAUGGCUGGUUUCUCUGAGAAGGAGUUUGAAGAUGCCGAAUCAGUCCGAGUUUUGAAGAUCCUGGCCGCCAGGUUUUGUACUUCAAGGACGAUAUUUCUUUGUUGUUUGAUGGCCCUGGAUGCAGACGGAGCAAAGCCUGACUUUGAUCGGUGGAGUACAGCUGUUGAACAGAUUCAAGGGGUGGCUCUUGUUACUGGUGAUGCUGAGGAUCGUUUACGUCGAAUUCUGAGCGAGGAAGAAAACUUCUCCAUUUCUCCAACCCCCCAAGUCCCGACAACGCCGGGUCGCGAACGUUGUAGGGCCCAGCUACGUAAGCUCAAUUCGCUAUCAACCGGGAUCCGCGGACUUCAAGCAAAAUUGCACGUCCUUCGCGAAGAGUCGAACACGAGUCUCGAGGAGACAGAUGACGUGUCGGAAGUAGGAACCAAUCUGAUGAUCCAGUAUGAGUCCAUUGGAGUCGAUCUCAAGUCUCUGAUGCAUGAAUGGGAAGAAGGAAAAGCGGCACUUGCGUCCAACAUUGGUCGAAACGAGCGUCGCGUAUCCUCCAUAAGCGGUAUGCUUUCACCAACCACCUCACUGGGUGGCCUGACCGCCGUUGAAGAAGGAAGUGCGUCAGAUGCUCUGAAAGCUCUCAACGGGGAGACAAGAUCUCGGAACAGUAUGGACUUCAGUUCUUCCGACGCCGAAGAGGUGUUUGAGGCCGUCGCUAUCCCACGCCAGCGCCCGAGGAGUACUUUGUCAAGAGAGGAGCGGAUCCUGAGAAUGAAAGAAGACAGGGCGAAGAGGGACUCGGUAAAAUCCAAAGCAGAGGCCAAUACGAAAAUGCUAAGAGAAUUGGAGUCAGUGAUAAAUAUGCGGCCAAGAGGCAGGACGGCAGCUGGAGGUCGAAUUACUUCAAUAUGA